AGCGAGGUGCUGUCGGUUCCUCCUGCCCCGCCGCCCCUCGCCGCCGGGGGGUGCCCCAGGGACGUAACACCGCGGAGAGGAGGAGGCAAAGGGGAUCAUGCGGCGCCUGACUCGCCGCCUGGCGCUGCCGAUCUUCGGAGUGCUCUGGAUCACAGUGCUGCUGUUCUUCUGGGUCACCAAGAGGAAGUUGGAGGUGCCGCUGGGACCUGAAGUGCAGACCCCCAAGCCCUCCGAUGCUGACUGGGAUGACCUAUGGGAGCAGUUUGAUGAGCGGCGGUACCUGAAUGCCAAAAAGUGGCGCAUUGGUGACGAUCCUUACAAGCUGUAUGCUUUCAACCAGAGGGAGAGUGAGCGAAUCUCCAGCAAUCGGGCUGUCCGGGACACUCGCCAUAUGAGAUGCACACUGCUGACGUACCCUUCAGACCUCCCGCCCACCAGCAUCAUCAUCACCUUCCACAAUGAGGCCCGCUCCACCCUGCUCAGAACCAUCCGGAGUGUACUAAACCGCACCCCCAUGCAUCUGAUCCAGGAAAUCAUAUUAGUGGAUGACUUCAGCAAUGACCCUGAGGACUGCAAGCAACUCAUCAAGCUGCCCAAGGUGAAGUGCUUACGUAACAGUGAACGGCAAGGCCUGGUCCGGUCCCGGAUACGGGGUGCUGAUGUUGCCCAGGGUACCACUCUGACAUUCCUGGACAGCCACUGUGAGGUGAACAGGGACUGGCUGCAGCCCCUGCUACACAGGGUCAAAGAGGACUACACACGGGUGGUAUGCCCUGUGAUCGAUAUCAUUCACCUGGACACUUUCAACUACAUUGAGUCGGCCUCGGAGCUCAGAGGGGGAUUUGACUGGAGCCUGCACUUCCGGUGGGAACAGCUCUCCCCAGAACAGAAGGCUCAGCGCCAUGAUCCCACUGAGCCUAUCAGGACUCCAAUCAUAGCCGGAGGGCUCUUUGUGAUUGACAAAGCCUGGUUUGAUUACCUGGGGAAAUACGACAUAGACAUGGACAUCUGGGGUGGGGAGAACUUCGAAAUCUCCUUCCGUGUGUGGAUGUGUGGAGGAAGCCUGGAGAUCAUCCCCUGCAGCCGAGUUGGGCACGUCUUCCGGAAGAAGCAUCCCUAUGUUUUCCCCGAUGGAAAUGCCAACACAUACAUAAAGAACACCAAGCGGACAGCUGAAGUGUGGAUGGAUGAAUACAAACAAUACUACUAUGCUGCCAGGCCUUUUGCCCUGGAGAGGCCCUUUGGGAA